UGGCUCGCCAAUCAAACACCUGCUUCAAGCCUGCCAUGCUCAGAGGUGUCAUCUCAAACUUCGCUGCGCUCACAGUAAAGUCACAGAGAGGAGCUUCAACAACACAAGACCAGGACAGACGCUUACAGCCUCCGCUAACCCUUAUCCUGGUGGAAACCCAGCUCUGUAUCCUGCUGUGAGUUCUUAGAGGGAGAAGACUUGUCCUCAGAUGAGAUGGAAGUGGCUGCCCUUGGCCGACCUUUCACCUUAGGAAUGUUGUAUGACGGUUGGAGAGAUAAACUGAUCCCAGGUUUCACAUUGUUCAAUGAAACAACUCUUCAAAAGAACACAGCUGAAAGCUCUCAGCACAGCAGUGAAUUUGAAAUAACUGCAUCUGACUCCAUUGACUCCAAGUCCUUUCUGCUGGAUGUUGAUGCUUCUCUGAAGGCCAGUUUCCUGAGUGGACUGGUUGAAGGAGGAUCUGCCAAGUAUCUGAAUGAUACAAAGAAAUUCAAGAACCAGAGCAGAGUGACGUUUGAGUACAAAGCUACCACCAAGUUUAAAAAGUUUUCAAUGAACCUUGAAACCAUGAACACCCACCAGAUAGAUGUUAUUGAGAAGGGUUUGGCAACACAUGUAGUCACAGGCAUCCUUUAUGGGGCAAAUGCUUUCUUUGUGUUUGACAGUGAGAAGUUAGAAGCCAGCAGCGUUCAGCACAUCCAGGGCAGCAUGGAAGCUGUGAUAAGGAAGAUGCCCUCAUUUAAUGUUGAGGGGAAAGUUGACAUCAAGCUGACUGAUGAAGAAAAAGCCCUGACUGAGAAGUUUUCCUGCAAAUUCUACGGAGACUUCCUUCUUGAAAGCAACCCUACAACAUUUGUAGACGCAGUGAAGACCUACAGUAAACUUCCACAGCUGCUGGGAGAAAAUGGAGAGAACAGUGUUCCACUGAAGGUCUGGCUGAUGCCGCUGAAGAAUUUGGUUCCCAAAUCUGCUGAGCUGAAGAGUGGGAUCAGUGUUGGACUACUAAGGAAGGCUCAAGAUGCUCUGGAGGACCUGCAUCAUCUGGAAAAAGGAUGCAACGAUUUUCUGCAGGACAAAGUAGUGAAAGAUAUUCCGCAAAUUCAUGAAAAAGCGUGCAGUUUCCAGACACUCUGUGUCUAUUUCAGAUCUGUACUGGAACAGACCAUGGCGAAGGAGCUUCCCUUGAUCAGGGCAGGUGAAGAAGAUGAGAGCAAAUUAGAAAAAGUCUUUGAAGACAGAGACAAGUCACCGUUCAGUCAUGAAAAACUAAGUAAGUGGCUGAAAGAUAAAGAGAGAGAAAUGAACGUCAUCAGGUCCUGUGUAGAGAUGAUGGAGGGAAUAAAGAUCGUCCCAAACCAGUCAGAGCUGGACAGAGAGGUUCUUGCUCCAGGUGUGGAGGAUGCUCUGUGCUUUGUUUUCACCUCCCUGGAAACUACUGACCCCUACCUUGAUGAGAUGGCCAACUACGUGGAUCAAUUUAAAUUACAAGGUCAUUUGGUUGUCACGGCACCUGCACAAGACCAGUGGUACUUCUCAGAUGAAGUUUUAACGAAAAUGAGAGAAAAAGCCAGAGCUGUCCACGAUUUUCCCAAAGCCUUGAAGAACAGCAGCAGAUUCUGUUUCCUGGUAGCAGCCAUUGCAAAUAAGAAAUACACCGGAGCAACCCUCUACCAUUACAAGGACGGCGUUCUGGUCACUGAUGAUUUCUCAAAGCCUGACAUCCCUGAUGUGGAACAUGUAACAGACAGAAGAGAUUUAAUCUGGUACGCCUGUGAUCUCACUCUGGACCCAAACACAGCACACAGAUACCUCACUCUGUCUGAAGAAAACAAGAUGGCGACACGUGGAGAUUCACAGUCGUAUACUGACCUCCCACAGAGAUUUGAUUCUUUCUGUCAGGUUCUGUGCAGAGAGGGGCUGACUGGGCGCUGUUACUGGGAGGUGGAGUGGAGUGCUGGCCAUAGUGAAGAUGUAGCUGUAGGUGUUAGCUACAGAGGGCUGUUUCGGAAAGGAGCUGAUGACCGGUGCAGGAUUGGAUGGAAUACCAUGUCCUGGUGUUUGGGCCACAGAUGGUUCCCACCAGAUGCUACUCUUUAUACAGAGCAUAAUAACGAGGAGCACCUUUGCCCUGUUCCUCCAACCGGCUGCACCCGACUGGGACUGUUUCUGGACUGGCCUGCUGGCACUCUGUCUUACUAUAACGUCUCAUCUGACACACUGAGUCACCUCCACACCUUCCACACCAACUUCUCUGAGCCUGUUUACCCAGCUUUCCUGUUUUGGCGUCCAUCCAACUACGUGUUCCUGUCGCUGUAAACUUAGCACCACACGAUUCAGUUCAAGUUCAGUUCAGUUCACUACGGUUUGAUUACACAAUGAUUGUGCUUUUAUUGUGAAGCAUCAUCAUGUUAGUCACGUAUAACAAUGUAAAAUGAUACGCUUCCUUUUUUGAAUUAAGCAAAAUAUCUACACACGAACUACAACUUUAAUACAGAUAGAACAAAAUGUAAACACAAGCCGUCCCCAUUAUUAUUAUUAUUAUCAUCAUUAUUAUUCUAUUAUUAUUAUUGUUGAUUAAAGUUUUAAUUGUCUUUUUCUGUUCAUUUUAUUAUAGUAUUAGCACCUUUCAGCUCUCGCUCUGCUGCACAGAUUUAUUUUAAAUAGCUUGUUCUAAAACUGUUGUGAUGGCCGACCUAAUGUAAAGAAAAAGUUCAUUAAUGUAGGAGGCUUGAUUUUAUCUUCUAAAGUUAACAUGCAACAGGGAAACGCAAAGCCAUGUUUCCAUCCAAGCAGUUUUAUGUGAAUUAUCGACUUCGAUAAGCUGGAUGGAAGAGACAAACUUCCACAAUAUCGCUGAAAAGAUUUUACGCUCGCUUGAGGUUUUGAUUCAUUUUGUCCAUAAAGUGUUUGUGACAAAUAGGCGAAGCUGCUGUAUUGGCUCUACUCUUUUUCCUUUACUUCCUGUAGUUUUUGUCAGGCUUGCUUGAGUGAGCAGGAAGAGGCGGAGUUAGUCGACCUUUGAACUUACUGGGUUUUACUGGGAUUUAUUUCUGAAUCGUCACGCCGUAUGAAUUGCAUUUAAGCCUGGCUGAGAUCUGAUCACAAAGCUUGUAUCUUUGGACAUUUUACCUUUCUUACAGCUCCUGUUACUGUCUCACAUCCAGGGUUAUGUCAUUUCUCACUCUUGCCUCUGCUUUCCUUAAUAUUUUAUUUUUAUUUCACUUCUCUCUGGCAGUCUGCUUCUACUUUCCUGUACACCAAUUAAUAUAAAAUAUGAACUACCGCUGCAGUUUCAGAUAUUUACGCUUAGUUACUCAACUUAUUAUUAAAAAGAAAUUGACAAAUCA